AUGGAAAAUCCCUCAAUAAUUUUAAAUUUAAAUUAAUUUAAUUUAAAAAAAUUUUAUAUGAAAGUAUUGUUUUAGUUUCAUUUAAUUAUUUUUAUAAACAUAUUUUCACGCAUACUGCAACCAGAGAACGUAUAUUUUACGUUCUCUGCUGCAACCUGCUGUAAGCAGAGAACGUAUAUCAUACGCAUGAUUUUCCGUUUCACUUUGUUGCAAACUUCCGUAAACAAUUAGUUAGCUGUCAGAAAACAGCUGUUUAACUGCAAUCGAGAAGUGCUGGAUUAAAAACAAAGGGAUUCGCUGCAGAGUACAUAAUGGACCAAUUUGACAGUGAAAGCUAUUGGAAUCGUUCGUCGAGCAGAGGAUUCAGUUUCGACGAUGAUGAGGAUGUGCAGGGUGUAACUGUUGUUGGUAGUAAUGUGAACGUCAGCAAUAUACUCAACGAUUAUGAUACGAUCUCAGAGGCGAGUUUCGACAAUAGUGCUGCAGGCAGUGCACUAAAUCUAUCAGUGAAAUCUGUAAUCUCCGAGGAAGCAUUGAAAAUGCUAAUUCAAGAGCAAACGCUUGAUGACCGAAUUAUGUCGAAAGGCGUUGCCCCGGAAGAAGAAUUGCGUUUGCUUCGAAGGCAAAUACAAACGACUUUUUACAAUCCCUCACCAGAAGCCACCGCGUACAAACUAUUGCUUGGCAAAUGUGCGCCUUUGGAAGUGUUUAAAUCAAUGCACGAAAAAGAGCAAUUGUUAGAUGCAGUGCUGAAGUGUGGCGGCGGUGAUGCCGUUAUUGGCGUGUUGCUUUUCCUAAAAAAAACAUUGAAUCGCAAAAAUUUUCUCAAAAUUCUCGAGCAAAGACCGCAAGCCUUACAAAGUUAUAUCGGCUACUUGCAGCAGCGUCAGAGCCAAGAAGCUGUCGAAGUGCUACAACACUUUGGCAAACAUCAAGAAGCAUCACUAAUACAAUUCAAAUCUGCUAUGUCAUGUAAUAAUUUGCAACAGCGCAAGCAAAAAUUAUUACAAUUACUCGAUCAAUAUAGCGGUGACAUGGGUGUAGUUAGCGUCUAUUUACCCCACUUUGAAGCAACACUAAAGCUGCUUGAGCUGAUCGAAAAGGAACGUAAUGCACUUGACAAUCUGGUGAAUAUUAAUUCAACCCCCAUUGAGGUGCUGUAUCAAUGCUGUCGGAAGCACAGCAACUGGAAGGAACAGGAUAUGACACGAGCAACGUCACCUUUUCGUCUGAGUUCCGAUCUCCAUAUUUCACAGGCGCAAUUCGAGUGGACUGCUUUGAAUGAACGUGCGAAUGCGCAGGCCUAUGCCGAUUUAGAAAAUGUAUUCGAACGUGUGCCCGCUUGGCUGCCGUUGAAACAAAAGCAAUUCCACAUAAGUUUCUCAUUAGAGUUAGCAGUGCUGCGUCUAUACGCACUGCAAGCGCCCACUAGUGUGCUCUAUAUGUUUCUAUCUAAAAUGAGUAAUACUACAGAGAAAUUGGAAUUGGCUAAGCGUGUUAAGUGCGUGCGUGCGGUUGUCGAUGCGUUAGCUGGCAUGAAGGAUGCAAAUCAAUUGACGCAAUUAAAGGAUACUUUGCCGGAGCGUUCUGAAGAACAAUUCUAUUGUGAAAAAGCGCUGAAAACGCUGCAAACAAAGCGCUGGACCACGGAAAAUAUUAAGUUAAAAUUAUAGUGCUGCACCGGUUUGGAGAACCAUACUUUUGUGAUUUGAAUCUCGGGAUUUUGCAAAUGAUGGCAAAUAAAUGAAUGCGUAGUGAUAAACUAAUAGGAUUUAAUAUAUAUUUUGUUCACUGCAUUAAAGUUUUGAAAAAGUAUUUAAGUGAGUGCGGAACUGUUUUUUACGAAAUUUAUUUUUAUUUAUUUAGGAAAAAACGUUUAUAUUUUUUAUUUAUAAUUCUUGAUAGUUAUUACUAUAUUUUAUGAUGUUUAUGGUAUGUUUUAUGUAUGUAUGUAUGUAUGUACUUGUUUAUUUGCGUCUUCUUUGCUGAACUCCUACAUCUUCAAUUGCAUGUUUUUCAAUAAUAAUGUGUAACUGGAAAUUUCCAAGAUCACAAGCUGUCAACGUACAAAACCGUUGUAUUUAUGGAUGUGUACAAAUUUGUGUAUGCUUUUUAUAGUUACUAUAGUUUUGACUGUAAUAUUGUUUUAGUUUGUAUUUUUUAUACAAUAUUUUAUAUGCAAAUUAUUUACUAAAUGAUCGUUUGUGUAAAAAAUUUAAAGCAAUUUCAUUUUUGCAAAACAUUUUAGGCAAAAAAAUUGAAACUUAUGCGUUGAAAAACAGUUCAAUAAAGCAAAGCAAGUUUGACUAUAUAGUUACUACUAGCUUUGUAUACUUCCUCUUUUAUUUUA